AGGCGGCUGCGCGCUGACGCGUGGCGUGCCGUGCGCGCUGGCGUUGCGCGGUGGGCUACGGUACGGGCGCCUCGGUGUGAGGCUGGCGGGGCCGAGGCCGGGGCCGGACGGGCCGCAGAGACGGGAUCUCCAAGGCAGUCUGCUUAGAGGAGAGCCCUGCAAAAGGAUCUACACGGAGAAAGAUCUUUUGGGACAAUCUCCCCCACACACAUGUGAUCCCAGCUUCACUGGCAGCAGGAUUUGCAUUCCAGGUCGUGCCCUCCUCCAUCUCUGGGCCAAACCGUAGGACUUAAAGCUGAAACCAUGUGAGGGGGUUUCCCUUGCUCCCCCCUCUCCCCUGACCCCCUUCCCUCCCCUCCCCCUCCCCCCCCCAGCCUUGGGCGUGUCGCUGUCGAGCCACGUUGACGCGCCUGCCACCAUGAUGUUCCGGGAUCAGGUGGGAAUCCUGGCCGGCUGGUUCAAAGGCUGGAAUGAAUGCGAGCAGACGGUGGCUCUGCUCUCCCUCCUCAAGCGUGUCACUCGCACCCAAGCCCGCUUCCUGCAGCUGUGCCUGGAGCACUCGCUGGCCGACUGCACCGAGAUCCACAUCGUGGAGUCGGAGGCCAACAGCGCAGCUGUCAUCAGCCAGUGGCACCAGGAAUCGAAGGACAAGGUGGUCUCCCUGCUCCUGUCUCACCUGCCCCUGCUACAGCCUGGCAACACGGAAGCCAAGUCCGAAUACAUGAAGCUAUUGCAGAAGGUCCUGGCCUACUCCAUCGAGAGCAACCUGUUCAUCGAGGAAAGCCGGCAGCUGCUGUCCUACGCCCUCAUCCACCCGGCCACCACGCUGGACGAUCGCAACUCCCUGGCCCUAUGGCUCAACCACCUUGAGGAACGCCUGUCUAGCGGCUACUCCGGCCAGGGCAGGGGCCGGCCCGACACUGCAUACCACUCGCGCCAGGGCUCGGAUGAGUGGCAGGGCCCGGUGGACUCGGGCAUGGGGGAGCUGGGACACGGCUGGCAGGAGAAGCUGCCCCGAGAAAACGGACACUUGCCUUUCCACUCCUCCAGCUCGGUGCCCUCUGCCAUCAACAGCAUUGGAAGCAACGCAAAUGCAGCUCUGCCCUGCCAAAUCCACCCCAGCCCGCUCAAGCGCUCCAUGUCCCUCAUCCCCACCAGCCCGCAGGCCCCUGGCGAGUGGAUGAGCCCCGAUGAGCUGUGUGCCCGGCAGGCUUUCAUCCCGGGGGACCACGCGCCCCUGUCCCCCCAGAGCAGCGUGGCCUCCUCGGGCAGCGAACAGACGGAAGAGCAGAUCGGCAGCCGCAACACCUUCCAGGAGGAUGGCAGUGGCAUGAAAGAUGUCCCCUCGUGGCUGAAGAGCCUUCGCCUGCACAAGUACGCAGCCCUCUUCUCCCAGAUGACGUACGAAGAGAUGAUGACCCUCACGGAGCAGCAUCUGGAGUCCCAGAACGUGACCAAAGGAGCCAGGCACAAAAUUGCCCUGAGCAUCCAGAAGCUGCGGGAGAGGCAGAGCGUUCUCAAGUCUCUGGAGAAGGACAUCCUUGAAGGAGGGAACCUGUGGAACGCGCUCCAGGAGCUCCAGCAGAUAAUCAUCACGCCCAUCAAAGCAUACAGCUCCCUCCAGGCCAUGCCCACGCCCAAGGAGGGGCAGCAGGCGGUGCCCGAGCGCCACGGAGCCCCCAGGCCGGGCCUGGACAAAGCCACCAAUGGGGCAGAGGACAAGGAGCCUGUGGUGGACGGCUUCCCAUCCCAGACGGCCUCCCCCUGCGACGGGGAGUCGGCCACAGCACCCAUCGCGGAAGGGGACAUCCCGGGGCAGUUCACCCGGGUGAUGGGGAAAGUGUGCACACAGCUGCUCGUCUCCCGGCCUGAUGAGGAGAACAUCACCAGUUACCUCCAGCUCAUAGAGAAGUGCCUGACUCACGAGGCAUUCACGGAGACGCAGAAGAAGAGGCUGUUGUCCUGGAAGCAGCAGGUGCUGAAGCUGCUUCGGGCGUUCCCUCGGAAGGCAGUGCUCGACAUGCAAGGGUACCGCCAGCAGAAAGGAUGGGCCUUUGGUUCCAACUCUCUCCCCAUAGCUGGAUCUGUGGGGGUGGGUGUCGCGCGCAGAGGGCAGCGGCCGUUCCAGAUGCCCCCUCGAGCCAUGCCCCCGAGCCGCCUGGGGCUGCUGAGCCCAGCGGGGAUGGGAGGGGUCUUGCCUCGGCAUGCACUUACCAGCCCCAUCGGGAGCCAGGGACGACAGAACCUGUGGUUCGCCAAUCCCGGGGGCAGCAACAGCAUGCCCGGCCAGAGCCGCAGCUCGGUCCAGCGCACCCAUUCGCUACCCGUCCACACGUCCCCGCAGGCCAUCAUCAUGUUCCCCCAGGAUUGCCAGAUCCCUGGAACAGACCUGGAGAUCAACCCCACGCUGGAGUCGCUGUGCCUGAGCAUGACGGAGCACGCGCUGGGCGAUGGCACCGACAAGACCUCCACCAUCUGACCAGCCUCGGGGAUCCGUGGUUCCUGAGAAGCUUUAGGGGGUUCUCUUUAUUUUUAUUUUUUUUUGGGGGGGGUGCUUAAAGGGGUGGUUGAAUCUUCCACCCCACCCCCCUCCUGCCCUCCCCCGGCGUUUGCCAUCAGCUCCGUCACGGCGCGGGGGUUGGAAGAAGCUCUCACUACAAUCUUACCAUCUUAUAUGUUCUAAUAUUUUUCUACUUUAUUAUUACUUUAACUAUGGUUUAAUACUGAGCUGCAUCCUGUAACUCCCAGGGUAACGAAGCCAGAAGCAGCAGGAUCUUGGGUCACGCAUGUGUGUGUGUCCUCCCGCCCCCUCUUCCCCCCCCCCCCCACCCAUCCUUUCUCAGCAUGGGGAAAAACGCUCCUGAGAGGGAGUAGUGGAGAAGGGGGGGAUACAGCGCAUCUGAUUCACUUUCCUCCCCACCCCCCCGGGGCAGGCCGGCUGCUCUGGGCCGAUGCUGGUUGCCACGAAAGGCACCAGGGGGGCUAACCUGGCGAGCUGGUUUCUUCCGGGUUCGCCUCCUGCCUGCUUUUCGCACCUGAUCCCUGCGAUGGGGGGCGGGCUGGGGAGAAACACCUCCACAGAUGGGGCCAAGAACUCUUCUGGAACUGUUAUUAAGUGCCUGUAACUCCCCACCCCACCCCUGUGACUACUUGGGGGCGUGGCCUUUGAAGGAGGGCCAUGUCCUCCCCCAUAAGAGGGUGGCUGGGGGUGUGGCCUUUGAGGGGUCCAUGCCCUCCCCCAUAGGGCAAGUGGUGGAUUCAGGGAAAGAAGCCACGCCCCAGAGAAGGGGUGUUGGGUUGGGGCUGAAGAGAGGGGGUAGGGGGUGAUGGGGAUACCUGGGAGGGAGGGGUUGGAGCAUUGGAGGGUAUUUAACCCUUUGGGCGUCUUCUCCUGGGGUGUAUUCCCCUCUCCCCCCCCACCCCCCCCACCCCCGUGGGAAUUAUAAGGGUUACAUGAUUGAAGCAUUAGAAGGUUGGUGGGUGUUUGGUUUGGCUGCAUCUGGGGCCCUCGAGGGUCAGCUCGGUUGAUAGGUGGGGGGGGGGGGUGUCUGCCCUCCCCCCCCCACCGGUGUGUGUGCCUCUAGCAUAGGCUGGGAAGGCUGUGCCCGCACAGGGCAGACCCGCCUGGAUGAAUUGGCGGCUCCCCCCUGUUGGGCUCUGCAUGUGGGUCGCCUCUCCCUGCCCGGAGCUCGUCUGUGUGGGCAGCGCCGUCAGACUGAGCUCGGGCAGCCGGGUUAGAGCACCCCUUCCUGGCCGGGGGCCGCACAGGACAGUGCGGGGCGCUCACGAUGCUUAUGAACUUGCCGGGGACUGAGAAAGGGCUGUGAAGCAGGGGGUUGUUUGCAAGCCCCUUUGGGGUGGUCUGGAAGACACACACACACCGCUGGGUUUGGGGGGCAGCGGGGACAGAGCUGUUCCUUAGAUGCCUUGAUGGGGUGUGAGGGGAGAUGAGGAUUGAGCCCUGCUGAGCUCGGGGGGGCAGGGGCAGGGCAUUAGGCAGGAGCGAGCCCUCCCCUAAGCCCCAAGCUUUGUGUGUGCGUGUGCAUGUGUGUAAAACAAAAAACACUACAUGGGCUGGGGGGGUGGGAGGAGCCUGUGGGCAGGGGGUGUGGCUUUUACCCAUCCCAACCCCCCCUUUUGAUUGGAUUAACUUUUUUUUUUUUCUCCUUCUGAUUUGCCGCUCAUUUUUAAAAAACAAAUAGAUUUAAAACCUUCCAAAUGUUCCCUUCCCCGAGCUCUGCUCCCAUGAGGCGCCGAAGGGUGCGGGCCUGGCUGUGCUUAGGGGAAGGGGCCCCUGUUUCUCCACCACCUUGCGCCGACAAUGAUACCCGGGCAACGGCGGGCGCAGAUAAUGCUGUUUCAACAGGGGAGCGGCACUGGUGAAAAGGGCCACGUCCAGCGGAGAACCGGGGUCACCCCGAGGCUUGUGGUAUCCUCAGGCGUUCAGGGGCAGCGGAGGGGACUCUGGGGUGAAGUUCACACCAGGGCUUUGAGGGGGGGGCAGGGGAGAAUCUGGGGGAGGACUGGGCUUCGUGAGAGCCCCAUGGAUUUAUUUUGGGGGGAGAGGGGAGCAGGGUCCUGCCCAGACCUCGGUACAAGUUUGUCUCUUUCCAGAAAGAUGCCCUGGGACAAAAAGUCCCUUGUCUCCCCGGAUCUCUCUACAGCGUGGGGGGAGACGCAUGCCCCAAAGUAGAUGAGCCCCACAGGCUGAGCCCCUCCCACUGGUACAAAAGAAAUUUCCCCCUUCUACCUGUUUAAAUGUUAAAGGCCUUUCCAAAGUAUAUACCGCAUAGUAGUGUGUACAAAAAACAACCCCACCCCCAACUGGGGCAAACCCCCCCUCCCCGAUCUAUUUCUACAGUAGAGACAAGGUUCCUGUUUCAGAUAGAAAUGUUAUUUUAGAUACAUUUUAUUAUGAAUAACUUUUGUUAUGACUAUGGCUGGUAACCAUGAAUACGUUAUUAAAAAACAAAACGGAAAAAAAAAAUUUUACAAAAAAAAAAAACAAAAACCAAAAAACCAAACCCGGCAGCCCGUGUUCGCUGGCUUUGUCUCGCUGCGCCCCUGCCUCUCGCUGUCUGACCGUGUGAAAGAACCUGCCCCUGAACCAAGUACGAGACCACCCCGUGGAAACACCCCCAAACCCUCUCUGAUAAAGUUGUACUUAUUUUGUAA